CCAACUAAGCAAUCCAUGACAUCGAAACAAUAGAUUGAUGCAGUGAAAUUAGUUAUUACGAAAAAUUCGGCUUGUAAAAAUACUAAAUACCAAUGCAAAUCGCACCUUGAAUUCGAUAUUUCUUCAACUAUUAGUGUUACUAUCCUACUAGCUCUUCAAGCAAUCCCGCAAUUACAACAAUUGCUAAUUUGUUGAAUUCGAAGCCUAUUAUAAUUAUAUAUUUCAAUGAACGAUUGUGUUCAAACAAAGACAGAGUAGAAGUUGUCACCAGAUCUUACAUUUUUUUCCUAGCUAAUCAAAGGCAGUUCGACCAACGAACUUAGUAUAACUGAGCAACAAUUAAAUUAUAUUUGUUUGGUGGUAGCGAACACUAUCGAAUUUUGUAAUUCAGCAAUAAAUUCACAAAAUUAUCUUGCCUGCCACCCAACAUCUUACAAAAUUCGAUACGACUUUCCAAAAAUGUCGAAUAAGGCUUCAUCAACACGGUCUCGUUUGAGCAUUGCUUUGGAAGAUGCCAGUCAACUUCUUGCCACAGGCGCAAUUGGCGGCGCCGCUGAGGGUCAUGAGGCUUCAUCAUCCAAUGCUGCUGUGGUCGCCGAGUUCAGCAAACUGGCCAUCGUGAACAACGCACAACGCGAAGCGAAUGGUUCAGUGAAAUCGACGACGAAUGCAAGAAGCAACACAGCUACGGUAGGAGAAGAGUGCCGCCCUACCCGCCAGGUAAACGUUGACAUUAGCAAUUCUAAAAAAUAUCCAUCAUUGGGUACCGUACCCAACGAAAACGCUAGAGCACGGUCGUCUGCAAUAGCGAACAAUCCGGUUUCGUUAUCAAAUCUCGUUUACAACAACCCCCGCGCAACCGAAAAUCCAAACGUACGCGUACGAGUCACUCGGUUUAGUCACUGUGAACUAUGUAACGAGAGAGAUACUAGCAGUAUGGUGCAAUGUGAUGGAUGCGAUUUGUGGUAUCAUUUCUCCUGUGUAGAAGUAACAAGUGGUAUAGCAAAUCGUAGCUGGGUCUGUCCAGCCUGUAGUGUACCGGACACACGUCCCGCCAUCGAAGAGCAACAACUUAUACCGUCAGCGACAGCGAUCCAUCCAGUAGAUCCACCCCCUCGUCCCGAAAGCUCACGAAGGUCCAUCGGAACGACAAACAGUAAUCGUAGCAACCAACGAAGGAUUACCCGGCGUCUGCAGAUGUUGGAGGAGCAAAAGCGGCUGGAACAAAAGUAUCUGGAGGAAAAGUACCGGAUCUUGGAUGAAGAGGAUGGCGACGACGACACUGUGGUUAGUGAUAACGAAGUAGGUUCAAUGGAGAUGUCCAAAGUUCGGGGAUGGCUUAUAGAUACAGGAAGAUGUGGUGAUGACGGUGAUUCCGGUUUGGUCGAAGAAGUCAACGAACAUGAAGAGAAUCCCAUCGAUCAGCAAGCUGCUUAUAUGGAGCGAACAGGGACACGUUUAACGCACGAAUUCUAUCCCCAUCAGCGGUCUACGCCACGUGAAGUAGGCAAAACCAGAAACAAUCCACUGCAGAAACCAUCAUCACUGGUACCAAUGUCGGAGGGCGUGUUGCGACGAACAUCGUUCAAUGUUGUACCUGACAACCAGUUUCGGCGCCCACCUGGUACAGCAAUUCAGUUCCGUGAACAGGUAGAGAACCAAGAUUCGCUGUAUGCACGCGCACCACGACAAGAACAACCACAUUCCUCAAGCGUUCAAUACGUAGAGAUGCCUCAUGCAGGUCCAGUUCAAGUAAACCAGCAAACACGGCGAGCCCCUCCAGCGACGUACAACCAACUGCGACGAGAGACUGCAUCAAUUGCGGCGAAUCAAAUGUUUCAGCGUUCAGGAGCUGGAAUUCCGAUUUCAUCAACAUCUCGAUUAUCAAGACCUGUGGACCCUGAUCCUGCUCCACUUGAAACCGAGGAGAACUUGUGUGUUCUCAACCGAAGUCAGCUAGCAGCACGUCAAGCCGUUUCGAAAGAACUCCCGGAGUUUUAUGGAAGCCCUGAGGAUUGGCCAUUAUUUUUUUCUAUGUACAACUCCUCUACACAAAUGUGUGGGUUCUCCAAUGAAGAGAACAUGCUCAGACUCCGGAGAUGCCUGAGAGGAAAAGCUCUCGAGGCCGUACGGUGCCGACUCUUACAUCCAUCCAACGUGAACGGCGUUAUUUCCACUCUAAGAAUGCUGUAUGGACGACCAGAAGCAAUCGUUCAGGCUUCAAUUAGGAAGAUCCGAUCAUUGCCAUCUCCACUGGUCGAAAAACUUGAGACGGUCGUAAAUUUCGCGCUAACGGUGGAGAAUUUGGUAGCUACAAUUGAAGCAUGUGGAAUUGAGGAUUUCGUAUACAAUGCUUCCUUGAAAUUUGAGCUAAUCGAUCGUUUACCUCCCGCGUUGAAGCUGGACUGGGCAAAACAUUCUAGAAAUAACCCAGCACCAAACUUACUGGACUUUAGCGGCUGGUUAUACUCAAUUGCUGAAGACGCAACCGCUGUCAUGCAGACUUCAUUCAGCGCACCAAGAAGUCGUGGAUCAAGGAAUGAUGGGUUCAUAAAUGUACAUUCUGAGGCUGAACUUGAGGAAUCGCAUUCCGGACAGACCAAGUUAAUGGAGUCUUCGACGGCAAUUCAGGGCUGUGUGGCAUGUAAUGGAAGCUGUACGUCGAUUGCUAAAUGUAAACGAUUCGAAGAGCUAAGCUUGGAUGCGCGGUGGGCCGUUGUUAGAGACACCAAACUCUGCCGUAAAUGUUUGCGCAAACACAAUGGAAUAUGUCGACAACAGAAACCAUGCGGAGUGAAUAACUGCUCCUUUCUACAUCACCCGUUACUACACAACCAGUUGAAGGAUGCGGAGAAGGACCGGACGGACAAAAUUCCGACGAACUCUACUGGAAGCUGCAACGUUCACCAAUCUCAAACCAGCGAAAUUCUUUUUCGAAUUGUUCCCGUACUGCUUCACGGUCCAUCAAAGAUAGUUAGGACAUACGCUUUCAUAGACGACGGGUCAGAACUUACUCUAAUGGAGGAAAGCUUAGCAGAGGAACUUGGAGUUAAGGGUUCCCGUACUUCGCUAUGUUUGAAGUGGACAAGUGGCACGACGAGAGUUGAAGCUGAGUCUCAAAUUGUCGAUGUUGGCAUCUCUGCCACUGAAAAAUCUACAAAACCAAUUAGAAUGACCAACGUUCACACCGUUGAAAGCCUGCAGCUUCGACCUCAAACUUUAGUAUUUACUGAAUUGUUGCAACGCUUUCAACACCUUGAAGGAUUAUCCAUCGAGUCCUAUGAGAAUGUCUGCCCCCGUAUCCUCAUUGGCCUUGAUAACGCCUCGCUAGGAAAUGCAAUGAAAAGCCGAGAAGGGAAGCCCUAUGAGCCAAUUGCUGUAAAAACUCGAUUGGGAUGGAUCGUAUAUGGGAGCUGUUCAAGAACACAUCAUAACGUGAACUAUGUUAACGUACAUUCAAUUGAAGUAUGCGAGUGUAACAGCCGAACCGACGAUAAUCUUCAUUCUGCCAUGAAAAACUAUUUUGCAUUAGAUAGCCUUGGAAUCGUUAAGCCCGAGAAAGUUUUGCGAUCUGCGGAUGAAGAACGAGCGAUGAGAAUUCUUGAAAUGCAGACAACACACUUAGGAGGACGGUAUGAAACAGGGCUUCUCUGGAAGUUCGAUAACGUUCGGUUGCCAAACAGCUCCGGAAUGGCUCAUCGAAGAUGGGAGUGUUUAGAACGUCGUAUGAAUCGGGAUCAGUUGUAUGCCGAUGUCGUGAGAUCAAAAAUGGCAGACUACGUAGAAAAAGGGUACGUUCGAAGGCUGACGAAAGAGGAACUGAAUACACCAUAUUCUCGGGAGUGGUUCCUACCCGUAUUUCCUGUUGUUAACCCCAACAAACCGGGAAAGGUUAGACUAGUGUGGGAUGCGGCGGCCACAGCUUACGGGGUGUCUCUCAACUCGUUAUUACUCAAGGGCCCAGAUCUUUUGACGUCGCUGCUCACCGUCCUUGUGAAAUUUCGGCAGUUUCGAAUUGCCGUUUGCGGAGAUAUACGAGAAAUGUAUCUGCAGAUUUCGCUAAAACAAGAUGUUCGUCUAUGUUUUUUCUGGAAGGAUUCCAAAGAAGACAAAGAUGCUAGCGUUUACGCUAUGUCGGUGUUGCCGUUUGGAGUAUCAUGCGCCCCAAGUAUUGCCCAAUAUGUGAAAAACAUAAACGCCAAGCGAUUUGAAAAGGAGCAUUCUGCGGCUGUGAGCGCUAUUGUCGACGAACAUUAUGUCGAUGACAUGCUCACUAGCGUCGAACGUAAAGAAGAGGCAGUGGAACUAGCAAAAAAUGUAAAAAUGAUCCAUGCAGAAGCGGGAUUUGAAAUGAGAAACUGGAUUUCGAAUUGCCCGGAAGUAUUGGAAGCCAUGGAAGAGCAAAACACGGAAGAGAAGGACCUCAACAUGACCGAAGGCGUGGUAACCGAGAAAGUACUCGGUAUGUGGUGGAAUACAACCAAUGAUUGCUUCACUUUCAAGAUUUCACCACGAUACAACCCUGAACUAAUGUCGGGACAGCAAAGACCAACUAAACGUGAAAUACUGAGAACCCUGAUGAUGAUCUUCGAUCCUCUUGGUCUUAUUGGGCAUUUCCUGAUGUACCUGAAAGUAGUGCUGCAGGAAAUUUGGCGCACGCCUGUAGGAUGGGAUGAUGUAGUCGAAGAUAAGCAGUUUGAAAUGUGGUUGGAGUGGCUGAACGUUCUACCAGCUGUGGCGAAAGUACAGAUUCCACGAUGCUAUAGGACUGCUACGUCUAUCGGAAGCUCCACGGACGUGCAUUUGCAUAUAUUCGUCGACGCUAGCGAAAAAGGAUUCGCGGCUGUGGUGUAUUUACGUUUUCAAGAGGAACAGACAAUUGAAACUGCUUUAGUAGGGUCGAAGACCCGCGUUGCUCCCAUUAAGUUUUUGUCUAUUCCGCGCUCAGAGCUCCAAGCUUGCGUCAUCGGAGUAAGAUUUGCCAAUAGCAUAAUAAAAUCGCUGUCCAUCAAUGUCACCAAACGUUUCUUUUGGACGGACUCAAGCGAUGUAAUUAGUUGGCUAAAAUCGGAUCAUCGUCGAUAUAGCCAAUUCGUCGCGUUCCGCGUGAGCGAAAUACUAGAAGCUUCAGACGUUGGCGAGUGGCAAUGGAUCCAGACAAAACAAAACGUCGCGGAUGACGGAACCAAGUGGAAGCGUGUUCCCGACAUGAGCACAACUAGUCGCUGGUUCAAUGGACCAGAAUUUUUGAGGAAACCGGAAUCAGAAUGGCCAGUAAAAUCGCAUUCCGGAGCAACAGUAGAGGAAUUACGUCCGCACUUGCUAGUGCACCUGAGGGUGUUGAAGCCGAUUAUUGAUCCCCAAAGAUUCUCCAAAUGGACACCUCUACUACGCCGCGUUGCUUACGUGUUUCGUUUCAUCGGGAAUGCGAAGGCAUUCAAACACGAAAGGGCCACAGGACCAUUAACAAACCUAGAGCUGGAUUUAGCAGAAAAAUAUCUGUACCGGUUGGCUCAACGCAGUGCAUUUUCUGACGAAGUUGCCGUUCUUCUGGAAAAACGAACGAAGGAAACCUCUUCAUUGGUGAUCCCAAAGAGCAGCUCCAUCUAUCGCCUCUGCCCUUUUCUUGAUGAAGACGGCGUACUCCGUGUUCGCGGUAGGACCAAGGCAUGCCAAUUUGCAAACCAAGACGCGGUCAACCCUAUUAUUCUACCCAGGGAUCAUCACAUCACUAGACUCCUAGUAUUCUACUACCAUAGCAAACAUUAUCACCAAAACCACAACACAACCAUCAACGAGUUGCGGCAGCGAUAUAGCAUUUCUCACCUGAAAGCUACGUAUAAUAGUAUUCGACGAACCUGUCAACAGUGCAAAAACGAUAAAGCACGACCACAAUCGCCGAGUAUGGGAGACUUGCCUCUUUCACGUCUGGCUGCCUAUGCUCGUCCAUUUACAUAUAUGGGGGUGGACUACUUUGGCCCUUACGUGAUCAUCUUGGGACGGCGGCUUGAAAAACGAUGGGUGUUGCUUGCCACAUGUCUUACCACUCGCGCCAUUCACCUACAAAUAGUUCACACAAUGACUACCGAUUCUUGCAUAAUGGCUUUAAGAAAUGUCAUGUCCCGGAGAGGAGUUCCAGCAGUUAUAUACAGCGAUCGGGGAACAAACUUUCAAGGAGCCAGCAAAGAGUUGAAUAGCGCGGUGAAGAAUUUGGAUCAGGAACGACUUGCGACAGAGUUCACAACCUCGCACACCAGCUGGGCUUUCAUACCUCCGGCAUCUCCACACAUGGGAGGGGCAUGGGAGCGCCUCGUGCGAACCGUGAAGCAAAAUCUAGCCAAACUGAAGCCUAACAGAACCGUGUCUCACGAAGUUCUCGAGAACAUGCUAACGGAAAUAGAGAACGUCGUGAAUUCCCGCCCGAUGACUGACCUGCCUCUAGAUGACGACUAUUCCCCAGUAUUAACCCCCAACCAUUUUUUGUUGGGAUCUAGCAAUGGUUUGAGAACGUGGGUACCCUUCGAUGACAGAUCAACGGUACUGAAGAACAGCUGGAAGCUUUCGCAAGCCUUAGCAAACCAGUUUUGGAAGCAAUGGCUUCGAGAUUAUCUGCCAUGUAUCACGCGCCGAACGAAAUGGUUCUCAGAUGUCAAGCCGAUUGAGAUCAACGACCUGGUUAUCAUCGUGGACCCAAAGUUUCCACGGAACACCUGGCCCAAGGGUCGUGUAAUCGGGAUCAGGCAUGGAGCUGAUCAUCAAGUGAGAAGUGCUACCGUUCAAACUGCCAGCGGAAUCUAUGAGCGACCUGCGGUAAAACUUGCCGUGCUUGACGUAGGCGUUAGAAGUAAUGCAGUUCAGGAUAAUAGCAUUUCGAGGGGGAGUGUUGGGUGCGCUACGUCAGAGCCCGUUCUACCCCGUGUGCCCAAUGUAGGCAAAACUGAAUGUCCAUUCUCGCCACGCCCAGCACCUGUCAAGGGGACUGCCUGCGAGUCAAAAUGAGAAGAAGAGAAGCUCCAACUAAGCAAUCCAUGACAUCGAAACAAUAGAUUGAUGCAGUGAAAUUAGUUAUUACGAAAAAUUCGGCUUGUAAAAAUACUAAAUACCAAUGCAAAUCGCACCUUGAAUUCGAUAUUUCUUCAACUAUUAGUGUUACUAUCCUACUAGCUCUUCAAGCAAUCCCGCAAUUACAACAAUUGCUAAUUUGUUGAAUUCGAAGCCUAUUAUAAUUAUAUAUUUCAAUGAACGAUUGUGUUCAAACAAAGACAGAGUAGAAGUUGUCACCAGAUCUUACAUUUUUUUCCUAGCUAAUCAAAGGCAGUUCGACCAACGAACUUAGUAUAACUGAGCAACAAUUAAAUUAUAUUUGUUUGGUGGUAGCGAACACUAUCGUAAGUUACAUGGACUUUCGAAUAUCUUGUAGAUUCUAACUAUUUUUGUAUGUCUUCAGGAAUUUUGUAAUUCAGCAAUAAAUUCACAA